CAUGUCUUGAGCACCACCGUCGACAACUUAUUUCUUCCGCUGGCAACUUGUGAUUUGCCCAAAGGCACCAACCAACAAACAAACCCCGUUCAGGUCUAUCCACAGAUGUGGAAACAAGCCCACAGAACUCUCCCCCAUUUCAUUCAUUGAUUUUGACACCCUUCAUCAGAGUCAUCGUCUCCCUGACUCCCCCCUCUCUCUCUCUAGAAAGAAGUCAUCAUCAAAAGAGGAGAGAGAAAGACAUGGUGGUGACUAGCCCAUGGGGUAUGGGCCGCGCAAUCCCACUUCCCCAGACUGCCGGCACUUUAUCUUCUCCGUGCGCUUCUUCUUCUUCACACACUUCUUUUCUGAUUAAGAAGAAGAAUUACAGUAGCAAACCCAGCAGUAACAGUGUUUAUCUCAGACAAAUUGUGGGUUAUCAGAGAUUUUUCAAUAAUAGAAGCUCCAAUUUGUGCUGCCGUUGUAAUAUCAGCAACAAUAAUGUUGAAAAUUAUACAAGUGUUAGUAAUAACAGCAGCACCGAUGAAUGGGAUUGGAAUCGCUGGAAUCGUCAUUUCUCUGAAAUUGAACAAGCUGAGAGCUUUUCCUCUGUUCUUAAGUUCCAGCUUGAGGAAGCCGUUGAAAGGGAGGAUUUUCAAGAAGCUGCAAAACUGAAAUCUGCUAUUGUUGAAGCUACUUCAAAGGACACUGUAGCUGAGAUAAUGUCUGAGUUGAAGAAUGCAAUUGCUGAAGAGCGAUACCAUGAUGCCUCAAAGCUGUCCAGAAAUACAGGAAGUGGUUUGGUAGGGUGGUGGAUAGGCAGUGCAAAGGACUCAGAUGACCCAUUUGGCCGACUUGUACGUAUAACUCCUGGUGUCGGAAAAUUCAUUGGCCGUUCUUACACACCAAGACAGCUUGUAACUGCCUCUCCUGGAACGACAUUAUUUGAAAUAUAUGUUGUCAAAGACACUGAUGGUACAUAUGCAAUGCAGGUCGUGUACAUGCAGAGAUCAAAAGGUAAUCCAACAAGCCCUGCCAAUUUGCAACCAAAACCAUCAAGAGAAUCACCAACCAGUGAGUCCGAAAAUUCAUCUACAGUCGAUGUUCAGACUAACAAAGAUAAGGAAGAGAAACAAGAAGAUAAAAUUUUGAAUAUUGAAGGGGCUACUGAGGAAGGAAUAAAGAGUGUGAUUAAUUUUCUUAAAGAUAAAAUUCCAGGACUGAACGUUAAGGUCAUGAACAUUAGUUUAGGAGACCAAGUUGUGGAGGACAGUGAUGCUAUGAAGCAAUUGACGCAGGAUGAUUCCGAGGAAGAUGACGAAGAAUCUGAUGAUGAAGUUGAUAACUUGGAUGUGGCUGAGGGUGAGAGUGACGGAAUCAGGAUAGAAGGAGAUGGUGAAUCUAGUGAAGAUGAAAAAGAUUUAGAUAUGAAGGUUUUUGUUGGUGGGAUUGUCCAUAAUGAGGAUGAUGUGUCACCGAAAGAGGAGUAUGCCCGCUUACCAGCUGAAAUCAGGGACGCGGAGAAAGAUUCUUUCAUUUUACAUGUUCCUGGUGUUCGUGGAAGUGAAGAAAGUAUGUCAUCUAAUGUCAAAGUAGCUGCCUUAGCAGCUCAAGGUGUUUCUGAUCUCAUGCCCUCUGAGGUUGCCAAGGCAUUUCUGGGCAGUGACAAAAUAUCUCCAAAGAUAUCCAGAAAUGUGCGUGAAAUUGUUAAGCUUGCAGUAAGUCAGGCACAAAAGAAGAACAAACUUUCUGAAUUUACAAAAUUCAAUAGAAUACAGGUUCCCAGAGGCACUUUAGAUCCUUUUGAUGGGCUAUACGUUGGUUCUUUCGGACCUUAUGGAACUGAAAUAGUUCAGUUAAGACGCAGAUUUGGUCAAUGGAAUAGUGGGAAUGAACUGGAUGACUCCCCAGAUAUGGAGUUUUUCGAAUAUGUUGAGGCUGUUAAGCUUACAGGAGACCUUAACGUUCCUGCUGGUCAGGUGACUUUUCGUGCUAAAAUUGGUAGAGGAAGUCGCCUCUCUAAUCGGAGCAUAUAUCCAGAUGAACUUGGAGUGGUGACAAGCUAUAAAGGUCAAGGAAGGAUUGCAGAAUUUGGAUUCAAGAAUCCCAAAUGGGUUGAAGGUGAACUACUCCAACUUAAUGGCAAGGGUGUGGGACCCUAUUUCCGAGGAGCAGAUCUCGGUUUUCUCUAUGUUGUACCGGAGCAAAGUUUCCUCGUGCUUUUUAACCGGUUAAAUCUACCCGAGUGAGGCGUUUAGACUCCCGUCUUUCCCCAUCCCUUACACUUACACCCUUAGCAAUAGAGGAAGAGUCUGAAAACAUGAAGGCUGAUACGAGACUUCCAUGCUGUGCGUCCCCUCGGUCAGUAGACAGACAAUAGGAACAAUUUUGCUACCUACUGCACACCUUUGCUGUGGCCGCUGCACGCUUUCAACACCAUGUAUUUGUAUACAUAACAAAGCUAUUGUCUUUCUAUGAUUAGAUGUGAUAUAUUCACCACAUAUUCUGAUAUUCAUACUUAAGAUGACUUAUGUUUUCUUCUUUUCCCCUUUGAUAGAUUUAUCAGUUGCCUUGGGCAUGUAAUAUAUAUAGUACAGUAUCAUAAAAGUGUGGGCCCACUGGCAAUUGUGAAAUGAUAAUCUUUAAGAUUAAUUAAGGCCUCUUUUAUC